CUCACCCAGUCGCUGAGUGAGGGAUACGAACAAAGUCACAGGGCGAACUUCGUUUUGCACUGACUGAAGUUGUGAUUCGCUCCUUGAGCCACUGGUUUUUUCUUUCUUAUUUGUUGAUUAAAUAAUAUUUGAAAACUUUCUCACAAAGGGUUUACUGUGGAUGUAGAAUACAGAGUGAACAAGCUUGCAAGCUAAAACAAAUAUUUCUGGCGCCAGAUUAUUUCUGGUAUUGUUUUCUUGUUCUUGAGGGAAACAUGGAUCUUUGCAGAUUUGCAUUUUGACAAAAGUUGAAUGCCUUGGCAAACCAAUCUUGUACAGUUUCUGCAAGUUUGUUGAGGAUUUAGCUAUACAUGUACAGGAGAACUAUUUAUUGCAGGACGUCAUUUUAAAGGGAAACGAGCUUUAUUGCGUGCAUUUCGUGUGCAACACAGCGAAGUUCUGCAAAGCGAAUUCCAAAACGGCUUGCACAACUCUGCGUGCUGUUUCAACAUGUCAUUGCCAAGAGGCACCGGAAAGAAGAAAAAGCAUGGCCUGAAGUUCCCCGAAGAAGCUUUCAGGCAGAGCGAGCCCGAAAAUUUGCCGCCUCGGAACUUGGACUCGAGAACCUUCAUCACCAUUGGAGACAAGAAUUUUGAGGUGCAGGCAGAUGACCUGGUGCCCCUGUCGGAGCUGGGCCGAGGGGCCUACGGGGUGGUGGAGAGGGUACGACAUGCACAGAGCGGGACCAUAAUGGCCGUCAAGAGAAUCAGAGCGACGGUCAACACACAGGAGCAGAAGGGGCUCCUGAUGGACCUGGACAUCUCCAUGAGGACGGUGGACUGCCCCUACACCGUCACCUUCUACGGGGCCCUGUUUCGGGAGGGCGACGUGUGGAUCUGCAUGGAGCUGAUGGACACCUCCCUCGACAAGUUCUACAAAAAAGUGGUGGAGAAGGGCAAGCGGAUUCCGGAGGACAUCUUGGGGAAAAUCGCCGCCUCGAUCGUCAAAGCUCUGGAACAUUUGCACAGCAAGCUGUCCGUGAUUCACAGAGAUGUGAAGCCCUCCAAUGUCCUCAUUAACAACGAGGGCCACGUGAAGAUGUGCGACUUCGGGAUCAGCGGCUACCUGGUGGACUCCGUGGCUAAGACGCUGGAUGCUGGCUGCAAGCCUUACAUGGCACCAGAGCGGAUCAAUCCAGAGCUGAAUCAGAGGGGCUACAACGUCAAGUCAGACGUGUGGAGCCUGGGAAUCACACUGAUCGAGCUGGCCAUCCUGCGCUUCCCCUACGAGUCCUGGGGUACGCCCUUUCAGCAGCUCAAGCAGGUGGUGGAGGAGCCGUCCCCCCAGCUGCCCGCCGACCAGUUCUCCCCGGAGUUCGUGGACUUCACCACGCACUGCUUGAAAAAGAAAGCGGAGGAGAGACUGAGCUACCUUGAGCUCAUGGAGCAGCCCUUCUUCAAGAUGCACGAGUCCAAGGAGACGGACGUGGCCUCCUUCGUGAGGGAGAUCCUCGCCGACGGCCAGAAGUGACUCCCCUCCGCCUCCCGCCAAAGCUCCGUCGCCGUGACAACGCGCACGACGCCUUCCCCGGAUUCGUGCUUCGGGGUGGGGGGGGGUCGUUCGACCCGUCACGGACAGUCGGAAAACAAUGUCAAACAGCCUUACGACAUUAAUGUUUAUUCUUUUUGUUUUUUACGUUUUUUUUUCUUCUUUUUUCCUUUUUUUUUUUUGUGGAAACCUGGCAACAAUUCGGUACACAGGGAGGAAAAUGGGAGAGCUGGGCUGUAGCGAAAUCGCUAAUGCACAGGUUCGGUUCAGCGUUCAGUCUUCUAAUGAAAAUGACUUUAAAAAAAUAAAAUAAACGUCUUUAGUUUUCCCGAAAGCAAUAACGGUGUAAGAGCGUAGUGAGGACAGGAUGUCGGGUUGCUUGCCUUUUUUUUUUUUUUUUCUUUUUUUCUUUUUUUUUACCCACGAUGCACUGCGCCUGGCCUCUGCUUCCGUUCACACAACUUCUUCUGCUGUAAGCCUGUGUGAGCCGGGGGGCUUUUGCUGAACGUACUGGUCCAAGAUGGCGGACAAAUCUCCUUUUGCUGUCCGUACCGGGGGGGGGGGGGGAAUUUCACAUUUAUAAAGAUCUCGGAGUCGGGUUAGAAAGCGUUGUAGCGCAGCGUUUGCGUUUCGUGGUCUGGCCUCAAGGGGGGAACUGAAUGUGAAGAUCCGCUGCUUACUCGAGCCCUUUUUAAGCGGCGCUGAUGCGAACCCGAACGCGCAACGUGGGCUGUGAGGGGGGGACGUCCCGCUGCCGGUGCGUCCUGUGUCACGACCGCUGACUCGGAAACUUCCAGAAACCUUCGGAGCGUUUCUGUAAAACGAACUGCUCGCUCGCGACCGGUGGCCGUUCGCGGAUUUGGCGCCCUGCUGCUGCUCUCUCCUCUGUGCACAAGUCCCGCCCCACUCCCCUCCCCCCCC